AUGGCUUCAACUCUGCACCUCCGAAAACUCCCCUCCACAAGCUUCAUCCGCACCUCCAUCCGCCCAUUCCACCAAACCGUCCCUCGCCUCGUCCCCGCCAUCAAGCAAGAAGGCGACUCAAAACCAGAGCAAAAGCCCAAAAGCAGCACCGUUCCCCAGCCCAAGAUCUCCAAUCUUAGCAUGCCUGGCGUUAAUAAGUCGGAGGAGCUCACCAAGGAGCAAAAGGAGGAAGUCCGGCAGCACAACAAGGAUUUUGAAAAGAAAUUCGACCAUGGUCACACCGCGGCCGAUGACAAGGUGGACAAGAAGUUCUGGCAAGGCGCAGGCAGCAAGGAGUGA